AGCUCACCACCGUCUUCUGCCAUAGAGGGAGUGCAAUGGAUAUUCACCAUAUUCAUCCCUGGAAUGGUGCAAUGGAGUUAUGAGGACAGAUUGAGGAGACUGGGCUUGUAUUCUCUAGAGUUUUGAAGAAUGAGAGCUGAUCUCUUUGAAACUUACAAAACUCUUACAGGGCGUGAGAGGGUAAAUGUAGAUAGGCUAGUGAGUCUAGAACCAGUGGACACAGUCUCAGGAUGAGAGGCAGGCCAUUUAUGUCUGAGGUGAGGAACUUCUUCGCUCAGAGGAUGAUGAAUGUUUGGAAUUCUUUAACCCAGAGGGUUGUGGAAGCUCAAACAUUGAGCAUGUUCAAGACAGGAAUCAUUAGAUCUCUGGACACUAAUCAAGGGACAUGGGGAUAGUGGGGAAAAAUGGCAUAGAGGUAGUUGAUCAGCCGUGAUCUGUUUGAAUGGCAGGGCAGGCUCGGUGAGCCGAAUGCUUUCUCCUAUGUUCCUGUGUUCUCAAGGCAAUAAAUGCUGGCCGAGCCAGCCAUGCUCACAUACUGUGAAGGAAAAAUCACUCCCUCCAAAAUGCUCUGUCAUCUGACAGUAAUGCUCCACCCAUUCCCACUCAACCAUACUCCAUCACUCCCCAUCAGCAGUCCAUGGCCCUGAAUACCCACAAUCGAGCCCCGAAUCCUAUUAAUCUUUGUCGCAAAUACUCUCCCUCCACCACCCCUUGCACCCUCAAAUCCUCUGAACCUUCACACCUGAAUACACGCUCUCCCUCUCAGCCACUUUUCAACCAAACUAUAGUUUGAAAUCUCACUGUAAGGCAGGCUUCCCUUGGCUCAGUUUGUGUCAGAGAGUUCUGAGUUCAAACUCCAUUCCAGGGACUGGUGCAAUCUGAAGCAAGGACUUGCAUUUAUAUAACACCUACAAUCUCAUGUCUCAAAUGAAGUACUUUUGAACUGUGGUCACUGAUGUAAUGUACAAAAUGCUGUUUUAGCAAUGCUAUUUGAGGAAUAAAUAUUGGCUAGGAUGCUAGUGAGAACUCCUCUGCUCUUCAAAUAGGACCUUUUACUUCCAGCUUAGAGGGCAGUUGGGGCCUCAGUUUAACAUCUCACCAGAAAGAUAGCACCUCUGACAGUGCAGCACUCCCUCAGUACUGUGGUGGAGUGUCAGCCUACAUUUUGUGCAGAAGUGUCUGGAGUCUGUCGUGAAUUCACAAUCUUCUGACUCAGGUAAGACCAGUUUGGGGAUGAACUUGGCCAAAUAAGGAUGAAUCAGCAGGGUCACAUGGCAUCUUAUGGGCAGCCUCAACCUGGUUACCAAGGGUACCAGCAGUUUGGAUACAAUAGUCAACAUACAGCAGGUGUUCCAACCUCUCAAUAUGGACCAUAUAAUGGGCCUGUCCAAGGUUACCAGCCAACCGCUGUACCACAAGGUCCCUUAAGGCCAACAUCCGGAGCACCCCCAACCUCAUUACCUCCCUCAACAGCUGCACAAUCGACAGCCUAUAACCAGUAUGGGCAGGGAGACAUACAGAAUGGUCCUGCAAUGUCUGACCAGAUGCAAAGGUUUCCAGUGUCUCAGUCGUACAUGCCUGGUAGUCAGCCGAUGCCAUAUCAACAAUAUGCACCUCCGGCCAGUAAUGCUCAGCAGUUACCAAAUCAGAUGGCAGCAAUGCAGAUCAGUGGUUCUACCAGUAAUGCACCACCACCUGUCAGUCAGAGUUAUGGACCACCAACUUCUCAUCGUCAAACCACAGGACCAGCAGUGUACACACAAUAUUCUACUCCGCUACAGAAUAUUGCCUCGAACGUACCACAGAGUGGUAACCCUCCUCAGCUUCCCUUUCCUGGUCAGUCAGCCCCAGUGACAACUUUCACCUCUCCUCCCACAUCUGCGGGCAUGAAUCUCCCUCCUCCAUCUGGAGUGCCAAGACCAACAGCGAUGCACGGGCCACCACUGCCAGGACAGUCUCUGACAGGCUUCCCCCCGUCCCAGCCUCCGACAGGACAUUACCCACCCCAACCUAAUCACAGACCUGCAGGUCCUCAGCCUGGAAUGCCAGGGGUAGUGCCCGGUCCACCAACUCAGGGCUUUCAAGUGCAUCCAACACAACCUAGUCAGGGAUUUAUACCUCAACAGAAUGGUUCUUUUGGACAAAUGAGGGCGCCCCAGCCAAAUUAUGCUGCACCUUACACUGGAGCACCAACUUACAGCAGUCAACCCCAACCACAACAAAAACGAUUGGACCCAGACAGCAUCCCUAGCCCUAUUCAAGUGAUUGAAGAUGAUAAGUCAAACAGAGGAUCUGAGCCAUUCUCGACUGGUGUAAGAGGCCAAGUUCCACCACUUGUUACUACUGACUUUGUGAUAAAAGAUCAAGGGAAUUCAAGUCCUCGUUUUAUUCGAUGUGCAGCUUACAAUCUGCCUUGCACUUCAGAUAUGGCAAAACAAUGCCAAGUCCCCCUCACUGCAGUUAUUAAACCGCUUGCUACAUUACCAGCUGACGAGGCACCUCCUUACAUUGUAGAUCAUGGUGAGACAGGUCCAAUAAGGUGCAAUAGGUGCAAGGCUUACAUGUGCCCUUAUAUGCAGUUUAUUGAAGGUGGACGGAGGUUCCAGUGUGCAUUCUGCAGCUGUGUCACAGAAGUACUGCCUCACUAUUUCCAACAUUUGGAUCACACUGGCAAGCGAAUGGACUACUAUGACCGACCAGAACUGUCACUUGGUUCCUAUGAAUUUUUAGCUACUGUAGACUACUGCAAGAACAACAAAAUUCCUAAUCCACCUGCUUUCAUCUUUAUGAUUGAUGUGUCUUACAAUGCACUGAAGAGUGGGCUAGUUCACUUACUAUGUGAAGAGCUUAAAAGUCUGUUGGAUUACCUUCCAAGGGAGGGAAAUGCAGAAGAAUCAGCGAUAAGGGUUGGAUUUGUAACCUACAACAAAGUUCUGCAUUUUUACAACGUAAAGAGCUCAUUGGCUCAGCCGCAGAUGAUGGUCGUGUCUGAUAUUGCUGACAUGUUUGUACCCUUGCUUGACGGAUUCCUGGUCAAUGUAAAUGAGUCACGGGCUGUCAUAAACAGUUUGUUAGAACAGAUACCUGAGAUGUUUGCUGAUACCAGAGAGACUGAGACAGUUUUUGGGCCUGUCAUUCAGGCUGGCCUAGAGGCUCUUAAGGCAGCAGAAUGUGCUGGCAAACUGUUCAUAUUUCACUCAACUCUGCCUCUUGCUGAAGCACCUGGAAAGCUGAAGAAUAGAGAUGACAAGAAGCUUAUUAACACAGAUAAGGAAAAAGUUCUGUUUCAACCUCAGACUAGUUUUUACAAUAACUUGGCCAAGGAAUGUGUGGCACAAGGCUGCUCUGUGGAUCUCUUCCUUUUCCCCAAUCAGUAUGUGGACGUGGCUACUUUAGGGUUGGUAACUUACCAAACCGGAGGUUCCAUUUACAAGUACACUUAUUUCCAGGCACAAGCAGAUGGGGAGCGCUUCCUAAAUGAUCUGCAUAGGGAUGUGCGAAAAGUGAUUGGGUUUGAUUCAGUGAUGCGGGUACGCACAAGCACGGGGAUUAGAGCAACUGAUUUCUUUGGCUCUUUCUAUAUGAGUAACACAACUGAUGUUGAGCUGGCUGCAUUAGACUGUGAUAAAGCUAUCACCGUGGAGUUCAAACAUGAUGACAAGUUGAAUGAAGAUAAUGGAGCUCAAAUUCAGUGCGCUUUGCUCUAUACCAGUUGCAGUGGGCAGAGGAGGUUACGUAUACACAACCUAUCCCUUAAUUGUUGUACUCAGCUUGCUGAUCUGUACAGAAACUGUGAGACUGACACACUUAUCAACUACUUUGUGAAAUUGGCAUAUCGUGGCGUCCUGAGCAAUCCCACAAAGACCGUACGAGAUACCUUAAUUAACCAGUCCGCUCAGAUCCUUGCCUGCUACCGCAAGAAUUGUGCAAGUCCAUCAUCAGCUGGACAGCUGAUCCUGCCUGAGUGCAUGAAGCUGCUGCCUGUCUACCUGAACUGUGUGCUGAAGAGUGAUGUCCUCCAGCCUGGAGCAGAGGUCUCCACUGACGAUCGUGCCUACAUCCGUCAGCUCAUCACAUCCAUGGAUGUAGCAGAAACCAAUGUGUUUUUCUACCCAAGGCUUUUACCUGUGCACAAAAUGGAUGUUGAUAGUGAUGAUUUUCCAGUGGCCAUUCGUUGCUCAGAGGAACGUUUAUCGAAGGGUGGCAUCUACCUGUUGGAGAAUGGAUUGAACCUCUUCAUUUGGGUGGGGAUGAACACACAGCAUGACCUCAUCCAAAGCAUCUUUAACGUGCAAUCGUUUGGGCAGAUUGAUUCUGCACUGGCUACUCUGCCAAUGCUCGAUAAUCCAUACUCCAAAAAAUUACGGUCCAUGGUUGAUAUGAUACGUGCUCAGAGACCCAGGUUUAUGAAGCUCAUGAUUGUGAAGCAAGACGACAAGACGGAGCUGCUCUUCAAACACUUCCUUAUGGAGGAUAAGAGUGUGAACGGUGGAGCUUCAUAUGUGGACUUUCUCUGUCACAUGCACAAAGAGAUUCGACAGCUGCUCAGCUAAACUCGGGGAGCGAAGGGUCGGGGGCGGGCGCAGAGCUGUUUGCAAGAAAGGAGUUGCUUCCCAAUGGGCUCAACCAUCUUGAAGUGUAAACACGGGUCCUAUCUGUCAGCAGCUGCCACAGAGGCAACAUGGGCAUGUGGCUCACUUGUUAAUACUGAUGUAAUGUAAGGAAUUAAUAGUACAGUAUAAUGUAUAUGAUUUAGAAUCUUAUAUGAGAGCUAUCUUUUCAACACUGGUAUUGCUGUGUUCCUUGUGUAUGAGGAGAUGAAAAGAGAAAUGCACUGAGUGUGGUUGGAUGUAUGAAAGAGCUCCUGAUACACAAGCUUUCAAGUCAAAAUAAAUUGAACAAAAUCCAGUUUGUGGCUUUGCUAACAUGGUUCGAUUUUCUGGAAAUUAUUUUUAUAUACAUCUGAAGUAAUCAUUUCAUGUUGUACAACAGCCUUUUUUUCCCCGUUCUGUCUGUUAAUUAGGUCUUUAAAUGUGAAUAGGUUUAUGAAUGAAAAUAAGUUAUCUAUUCACUCUACUGGUGUGAAUGCUUAACAUUUCUAUUGAUCAAAUUCCCUGCUCUACUCCCUUGCAGAUUCUAGGUGAAAGCAUCAGACUUUACAGCGAGGGCCUUGGUGGGGGGUGGGAGAGGUUUUUUAAACACUUGCAAAAUGUGUCAGUAUUUUUGUGUUUCAGAUUUUAUUAACCGAUCAGAGAAGAGAGGGUGUAGCUGAGGUAUUCUCAAACUGCUCUGUUCUAAGUCAUUGAGCUCAGCUUCUGUCCCGCACCAUAACUUAGAAUCCCAAGUGAGCAUUAUCCAACUAAACACAUGAAACCCAAAAAGGAAUGAUAUAACUUAAUCCUUCCUUGUGUCAUCAGCCUUGUGGCUUGAUUGUCAGCUUUGUGAUUGCAAGACUUUGGGAUUUGAAAUGACCCCUGAAGAAAGGGGUACAUUACUGCUAUUGUAUCCAAUACAAGGGAGAUGAACAGUGGUGAUCUGGAGUAAUUAUGCACAUUUCCUUUCCCUAACUUUUUUUUUCCCCCUGGAUAAACUUUGUAUCUGCCAAUUCCUAUUUACUGGAUUGGAUUUCCAUGCUGAUUUUUUUUUUUGCAGCCUGCUGUAAAAGAAAAACAAUGUGCUGUUGUAAACGGGACAUUAAUUUUUGAUGCAAUAAAUACAUUUCUUUCCAAAUGUC